ACAUCAGGAUUUGCAUCGUAUCGGAGGACUUCGAUGCCUUUCCAACAAAUGCACACCACCUGCCGCCUGUCUGGACACAAAACAAUGCCCACAAUCGAAGGCCUAAAAUGCCCAACAACAGGAUUAAAUUUAAAACAUCACAGUGGAGACAUGGAGAAUGAACAUAAUGUAACAGCGUCCUCAACAUCUCCUUCCACCAGCACUCCGGUGUCCCACCCUCCACCUAUCUCUGUCUACAGCCCAGACCGCCAUGCUGUGCAGGUUAUCCAACAAGCACUGAAUCGUCCUCCAAGUUCAGCAGCCCAGUAUCUUCAGCAGAUGUAUGCAGCCCAACAGCAACACCUAAUGCUACAGACCGCAGCUCUGCAGCAGCAGCACCUCAGCAGCGCUCAGCUCCAGAGUCUGGCCUCCGUCCAGCAGGCAGGUUUGUCUGGUGAAAGGCGUUCUGCUUCCCCUAGUGCCACUAUCCAACAGCCAAGUGUUCCACAACCCUCUCUGACUCUCUCUACUUCUACUUCGCCUCCUACUACCCAAAUCAUUAAUCGAUCUCAGACCUCCAGCACUACAAGCAGCAGUAUCACCCAGAAAACCAUGUUACUGAGAAGUACUUCCCCAACUCUGAGUGCAAGCCAGGCUCAGAUGUAUCUGCGAGCUCAAAUGCUCAUAUUUACACCAGCUGCAACUGUUGCAGCCGUGCAAUCUGACAUUCCAGUGAUCUCGUCAGCUACAUCUUCAACUCCCUGUCGGUCAUCAGCUCCUCAGGUUCAGAAUUUAACACUGCGGAGCCAACCAGUCCUGGAGAUUUGUCCACAAAGUAUUCCACCAAAAAUAAAUAACCAUGACCAGCCCCUAACCAUGUGUCACAAGACAACUGUAACCAGUUCUAAAACCAUACACACUGACUCCUCUUAUGAGACAAGCCGUAGAGGAGAGAGUCCUGGAUCUGAAUCGCGGUGCACCGCUGUAACACGUACAGCAAGUUUACAUCAGCUAAUUGCCCCAGUAUCCUAUUCUUCAGUCCAGCCACAUUCUCUAACGAAACACCAUACAAUACAUCUCCAUCCAGAUCCCCCAAAGCUGCCACAUCAUCAAAUGAUAUUACAACAGCAGCAGCAGAUCCAACAUCGACAUCGGAUUCAAACUAUUACCUUACAUAAUCCAACAUUAGAAUCUCCUUCUACACAUCACUGUCUGCCAAUCCAAAGCCCAGCAUUCCUGUCCUUCCCAAGCAGUGCUCAUUCACACCACAGUACCCCUGUACCAACCCCAUCUUCUCCGGCUCUCUCACAAUCUGUUCAGCAUUCUGUAGUAGUAUCUCCUCCACCAGCACAGUCUCCGUGUCAGUCCCCUACUAUAAUUAUCCAUCCACAAGCCCUCAUUCAACCACCUCUGCUGGUGCAGUCAUCGCUUCCAUCUUCAGAUAAUUCAGAGCAACAGCUGCAGAGCACUUUAGAGUCAACACCACAUGUGGCUGUCCCAACACAUUCUUCAUAUACAGUGAUGGAAGAAAGCCAUCCUGGAUCAUCACUUCAACCAAUAGUAGCUUCAGCUGGACAGCAGUUAAUGUCUCCCGUAGACCCAGCCCAGUGUUUAUUCCAAGGCUUACCCCAGCCUACGGCAUCCUCUCCUAAUUUGCCUUCAGCCCAAACUUCCCAUCUCCAAGCAUUACCUGUGCAGUCCAUGCAAGCAAUUGCAGUACAGCCUGAGAUCUUAACACCAGGCCAAGUUCUUGUGCAGAAUGCUAUACUCACUGAAGAAGAGCUUCCUGCAGCAGAAGCACUUGUUCAGCUGCCAUUCCAGACGCUUCCACCACCACAGACUGUUGCUGUAAACCUGCACAUACCACCAACACAAGUGGAGUCACCAGUGGUUUAUCAAGUUGAAAAUAUGUGCUCCGAAGAAGUACCAAUGGAGCAGCAAGACUGUGUACGUGUCAUUACACAGACCCCCACACCCCCAACACACCCUCCCCCGGCGCUCCCUGUAGGGAGUGGAGAGGACCUUUCUGUAGAUCAUAUUAUACAAGGUCUCCCGACUGUGGUAUCUUCAGUCAGCGCCUCAGUUAUUAAAUCUCCGUCUGACACUUCAUAUGCCUCUAUACCAGCACCUCCACUACUUCUGCCAGCUGCUGCUACAAGAAGCAAUAGUGCACAGAAGCCUAACAGCAUUCCCGGUCUGGAUAACAAGGUUCCCCAAGCUAUAGUGAAACCACAUAUCCUGACCCAUGUCAUUGAGGGAUUCGUUAUUCAGGAAGGUCUAGAACCAUUUCCCGUAAAUCGGUCUUCCUUGCUGGUUGAGGAGCCGUCCAAAGAGCAAUCACCUGUGGAUGAACAGGUUAUGAACCUUACUGACAUAGAGUCUGACGUUCAGAGCACAGCCAAGCUUCCUGACAACUCUACAGACACAGAUGUGGAGGAACUAACAGGCGAGGAAGGUCUUGAUGAGCUGGAAUAUGAGUUGUUGGAGUGUGAGUUUUGUGGGAAGGCAGGAUAUCCAAACAAGUUCCAGAGGUCGAAGAGAUUCUGUUCUCUGUCAUGUGCAAAACGGUACAGUGCCAGUGAAGCAAAGCGCCUUGGGCUUUAUAAGGCUGAAAAAAGCAGUAGCUGGAGUAGAAAAAGUGAAGGAAAUCUAAGACGAAGUAGGAGACAUCCACACAGCACAGGAGGAUCAAUCCGAGACCACUACCUGAGACAGCUACCUACAGCCUACUCAUGUUCAGAGGUGUUUGAAGAUUCCAUACCUGUGGCGAUGACCACUCGCCUGCGUCGGCAGACUGAGAGAGAGCACGAGUUACGCCUCCUUCAACUAAGGAAAAACUCUUCACCAGCUGAGCUGCUGCCAGACGCACAGACAGAGCCAUCUCUGUGGACAGUGGAAGAUGUGUGGGCGUUCAUACAUUCUUUACCAGGGUGCCAUGAAAUCGCUGAGGAGUUCAGAACACAGGAAAUUGAUGGACAGGCCCUCCUGUUACUGAAGGAAGACCACCUCAUGAGUACAAUGAAUAUUAAGCUAGGACCAGCCCUGAAGAUUUGUGCUCGCAUUAAUUCACUAAAGGAAACCUAGUAGCAGAGCUGCAAAAGCUAUUGGGACGUGAAAUAGUCUGUGCAAGUACGUUGUGUUACACACAGUGGAUAGUUUUGUAAACUGUGGCAUUACUGUAAGCCUGUCACAUUCAUGGCCAUUCGUUAGGUGUUUUGGGAGCUUUAUUAUUUGACAUCACAUGAUACACACACAUACACAGUAUACCAUACAACCAGUAUUCCUUGGUCCAAGGCAUGAUGACCAUUUUUAUACUUUUCUGCAUACAAUGACCUGGAAGCUGGCAGAAUAAAGGACUGGAAUCCUCCAAACAAAGCUGCAACAUUUGGCAAUGGCAUCCUAAUAAACCCUUCAAUAAGUGUGCAAACAUUCAGUGUGUUUUACUACUUGUAUUUGUUAUUACUACUUGUAUUUUUUAUUACCUUGAAAAUAGCUAAAGUACUGCAUAGACAAACAAAUGACUAGUAAUUUCUAUAACGUAAAGCCAUUAUCUCUGCAUUAUGAGUGCAGUCAAAUAGAGUGCAAAUGUCUAGGAAACCAUAGUAAGAAUAAAGCACUAAGGGGCAUAUUUACCAGAAUCCGCAUUUAAAAUGUGGUUGUGGUGUGAUAUUUUCGCCUAAAUUUGCAUUGUGAAUUUAGGAAAUUUCACUUGAAUUUAUCAAAAAUCACUUGCAGGGAUAAAGCUAGCGAUAAAGCUCUUUCGCUGCGAAUCGCCUUGGCUCAAUUCUCACUGUAUUUUUAGGAAAAAAUAAAUGAGAGGGUGUCUGUGCAUGCUCCAGCUACCUCUCUGCUGCUGCCUCCGCUGCUGUCACCUUUCCUCCCCCCUUCCCGGCUCCUGCUUGUCUUCCAAAGCCAGCUGCUGCAGCCAGGCUCCCUGCCUCACGACCCCCUGCUGUGCUUCCACUGGGCCCCCUAGUGCUGCCUGGCUCACUGCAUCCUCUGUUGCUGCUGCAGCAGCCCAAUUCCUUGCUUCACUGAUCCCCCUGUUCCCGCUGUGCUAGUGCCGGACCCCCUGCUGCCGCCUGGUUUGGAUCACUGAGAUCGAGUUACAGAGAGGAGGUCACCUAUCACUGGACCCUGUGUUCAAGUUAGUUUUAUUUUAUUUUCUAUCCUACACUUAUGUGAUCAGCCUGUGGUCUAUUUAGACACAGUAGACUGAUCACAGGCACCGGGUUCAGGCUUUGCUCUGCCUGUUAGAUGUCAGGCAGAGCAGAGAAGAAGUCGGGAAACCAUAGGGAAGUAAAGAUAGCGUUCUUAUCGCAGGGCUCCCUCCGGUGUUUUUUUUUUUUUUUUACAAUUUAACAUUAGUAAAUUUGAAGCAGUUUACAUUCCCCAUUACAAGUAUGGGAAAUGCGAUAUGUUUCCUAAAAAAAUAAAAUGAAGAUAUUAAGGACUUUGAGGAGAAUUCUGCUAAUUCUCUCUUAUAGGCUACACUAAAAUAAUGUGAAAAGGGUGUGAAAACACACGUUUUCAUAUUAUUUUAUAAAAAAUUAAUAUUCAUAAAUCUGCCCAUAAAACUUUUUGUCCAGCAGAAGUAGCCACAAUGAUUCUGCUGUUAUUUAUUGCAAUGUACUACUGUGGCUUGCCUACAUUGUUAACACUAGCAAGUCCUGAUAAGUGCGGCUACACUCCCUGGUGUGCAUCACAUGCUGGGAAUUGCAUUUAACAAAAUGUGUGUGGUAUGUAAUGUCAUAUUUAUUAUGUCCACACCAUAAUGUCAACCUCUUCAGUAUCUCAACCUUUAACUGUCUACACUGACACAAUGUCGACCAGUUCAAUAUGUCAACAUUAUGAAUGUCGAGAGUCAGAAUGUCCACACUCCUAUUUUAGACUAACCCUAAAUGCAGGCUGACCCUAACCCUAAUUUCAUGUGUAGACAUUCUGGAGGAGAUGUAUCAAGCCUUGGAGAGAGAUAAAGUGGAGAAGUUACGCAAAGCAACCAAACCGGCUCUAGCUGACAGGUAUCUAGCACAGUCUUUGAAAUAGCAGUUAGACCCUUAUUGGUUGCUUUGGGCAGCUUCUCCGCUCUCUCUCUCUCCGGGGCUUGAUGCGUCCUCCUUUCCCUUCUGAAACUUUGCACGUCAACAUCCUGAAGGUCGACAAUCAGACAUGCUGAUUACAUCACUCACCAACACAAGAGAAGGAGCCAUUAACUUAAUAUUUUUAUUAGGCAAUAAGAUUAUAAAUAUAAAACAUAUAUGUAUAUAAAGUAUGCACUAUAAUGUGGUAAAUGGAAAGUUUUGCACUACCUUUGUUCACACUUACGUUGAUUUGUAACUUAAACAGGAAGUAUUGCUAUUCUUAAUCCUUUUUUAUAAGUGAAGAAAGCUGGUCACCCAGUUAUGCUCCAGGGAAAGUUGUACAGAGUGACAUCUAAGUAGGGAGUUGAGGACACUCCUUAUGCAUAAACACAGUAGCUGGUAAUAAGCAGCCAGUUUUGUGCUUCCACAGAUAAUUAAAGUAUUAGCUAUGUAAUAUGACUGCUCUUCUUUACCUAAUGCUCUGCCCUAUGGUGAACACAAAUUUCUACAGGCAGUCUACACCAGAACCCUGUCAACAAAUAUCAGUGGAGGUGUCUAUAUUAGGACUUUGCAAAGUGGCGCUCAAGGUCAUGACAGAGCUCCAUCAUCUGAACACAAAUGAUGUAAUACUUCGGCUCCCUCAAAAUAAAUUGUUACAAAGACGUGUAUUUUUGCAUAAGAUGUAUAAAAUGAUGUACUCUUGCUAAGAAAAAUUCACAUAUCACCUUAUUGUCUAGUGUGCACAGAGAAUGGUUCCCUUAUUAUCUGACACUGUCACAAUUUGUGGAAAAUGAUACUAAAUAUAUAUUUAUACACACACACAGAUAUGUUACAGUUCUUCACGAUGUAAGCUGAUUUUCUGUCCAACAGAUAAAAUAUAUAUAAUAUAUAUUGUCGUCUAUGUUAAAGUUUUAUGAGUUGUUUACAGUUUAAUCCUCUGUAUUCACAUGUAUUAUAGCAUUUACAGUGUUAUGCACUAUAAAAAUACUUAUUAUAAUAUCAGAUGUGCAAUAAACCUUUUAUUCCCUGCAGUAGAA